AUGGAAAGACCAUUUUUUGACGACCUGCCCAUGCGUGAAGGCGACCCCCCUCAUUCCGCUUGGGGCUUGUACGGCGAAAAAGACGAACUAGGGACCCUCAAUCUGCUGACGCCUGAGAUAGUGCAAGAAGCUGCCCGAGAAAUUCGAACCGGGAUCCGAGUGCCUCUAGAUUAUCCAGUCGAUCACUUAUUACAACCCUCACACGGUCGCCAGCCGCUCCAGCACACUGUCAUCCGAGGCAAAAAAAAGGUCAGCCAUGACGACGUUAUUUCCAUGAAUACUCAGAUAUCCUCGCAGUGGGACGGUUAUCGACACGUUGCGUAUCAAAAGUCUGGUCUCUUCUACAACGGGUUUACAGCCGAUGACAUUUCGGGACAAGGGGCAACCCGCAUCUUGGGAACCGAUGCCUGGGUUAAGAGAGGAGGAAUCGUAGGCCGCGGAAUCCUCAUCGACUACCUUCAAUGGGCCCAGUCGGAAAACAGAGAAUAUGACCUCCUUGAAGGCCACGCUAUAACUGCGGAUGAGAUGCAAGCGUGUGCAAGCGCGCAAAAUCUGGAAAUCAAGCAUGGCGAUAUCCUUUUCGUGCGAUCAGGUUUCUCUGUGGGCUAUGCUGCACUUGGGGAGGAGCAGAAGAUCGCCUGGUCGUCCAAACCAGCGGCAUGGACCGGCAUUGAGACUUCUCUAAGCACUGCCAGAUGGUUGUGGAACUCAGGGUUCAGCGCAUGUGCUGGAGAUGCGCCGGGGUGGGAAGCCUUCCCCACGUGGAGUGGUAGAAGUGACAUUGGAGGAGGCUCAGAAGAUCUGGCCUUGCACGAGGUGAUGUUGAGUGGCUGGGGCAUGCCAAUUGGUGAAAUGUUUGACCUCGAAGAGCUGAGCAAGCAGUGUUUGCGACUCAAAAGAUAUUCCUUCUUCGUAUCGAGCAUGCCAAUCCACAUCACAGGCGGAGUGGGCAGUCCACCUAAUGCUGUGGCCAUCUUCUAA